AUGUCAUUCUUUACUGCCCAUACGAUUCCAACUGAUGACUAUCCGACACCUGUGUAUUUAGUCUCAAGUUCAGAAAAUACUUGGUUAGGUAGCAAUAAUAUAGAUGCUUACAAUCAGUUUAGUGUAAAUGGAUAUUUUUAUGUUAGCAAGAUCGCUCGGAACUACAGUUCGGCAAUAUAUUAUACCAUGGAAUAUAAUCCGUCUCGAGGGUGGUAUAUACCAGAGUUUACAGCAACACCUCUGGAUGGAAAUUGGACGGGAAAUGUUGUAUAUGUGAAAAGUCAUAAAGGUGUGUAUGGCAAAAAUUAAAUGAGCAUCCAUAUGAGAUGUGAUUACCGCACGCAAACUGUACAAAUGCAAACAAAAAAAAUUUACUUCGCGAGUGACGAAGUAGAAAAGUUCCUGACACACGGCCGGACGCGAUUCGAACUUAGCCUAAGAUCCAGACACACGGGACGCGAUUCGACAACGCGACGCGAUAUCUCGAUUUUGACUGACCGAUAACUUUGAUACUAUAGAUUAAACUUUCCAAAUAUUUAGAAGCGUUAUAACAUUUUGACUUAUUUGGUCUAUACAUAUAUCUUUUACAAUUUGCUUGCCUUGGCAGUUUUAUUUAGUAUCAGAAACUAAACAAAUAGCGUCGCGUUGUGGAGGGGGGUUACACUGCCAUAAUAAAGAACGCGUAUUAUGCAAUUAUAAGAAGCAUUUCAUUAUGACGCAUCACAUUUUGUUAUUCUAUUUCGUGUUACAUUAUGCCUGCCAAAUUCGGUACACUUCAUUAUUCAAUUGAAUCUGACAUUUCAUUCUAACACUACAUAUUUCGAUAUUCGAUUUCGUAUUUCGUUGUGCUGACAUAACCUUAUGCAUGGCAUUCAGUGAACGAAUUUUGAUUGCUAACCGCGCAGCACUGGAAAUAGACUUAUAGAAAACAAAAUGGAGGACCCUGAAGAAGAUGUUAGAGCUGUCGUGAGAAAUCGAGUUAGGAGCCAUCUUGAGAAUGCUCAGUAUAGGUUAGAAUGGCAAUUGAGUUUGGUUAUAGGUGUCAUGAAAGCAAUUUUGUCGAGCGCGUUGUAGUCGACCUCACUUCGGAAGCAUUUGGUUGCUUAACAUAGUAAAUUGUGGUAGAGGUAAAGGAAUUUUACAGACUCUCCUGGAAGGCCAAAAUUUAACAUCUCUUAUGAACAGUUGAAUAUUCUGCUUGAAAGACGAGUUACAGUUGUCCAAUUAUCUACACUGUAAGUUCGCGUAAGAUAGGGCGUCGACUACCGGAGUUUGGUUUAUCAGUCAGGGAAACCUGUGAAGACAUAUUGGAAGAAUACUUACAUUCAACUGUUAAUCAAAAAAUUGCAACUUUUCCCAGCACCGGUAAUAAAAGAAUGUCUCGUUACUUACGGACUCGUGGUACAUUUAUUAAUGAUGAUACAUUUAAGGUUACAGGACACCCUUUUUGGCGUUUUGCGGAAAAUCGCUACUGCGCGCUCAAUAUCAGUCCCAUUUUAAUCAAAUUUUCACCAAAUGUUUACCAGUGUAUGCAAAAUAUGAUAAAGUUGUAAAAUUAACAAACAAUAAAAUAAUGUAAGAAUUACUCAGGAAAAUCUUAAAUCGCGGUACCGUUACGCUUAUGAGUUGUGCUCCUGCUGGUUUUAAGUUAUAUUUAUGAAAAUAUCAUUUUUAUACAGUAAAAUAGUUGUUCUAAAAAAUUGUGUUCGUAAAUUUUUGUUUAUUUCGUCAUUCCGCUGAUAUGGCGAUUUCUUUGACGACUGCAAUAUAUUUCUGAAUUGUUUGAGUGAAUUCCUCUUUAUUAUUAAAAUAUCCAAAAUUAAAAAAAAGGUGACCAUGCACAAUUUUGAAACAGAUGUCUUUAACUAUGUCCUGUGAAAAUUUGAGAAAAAUUGGUUAAAACCCGCAGGAGAACAACUCGUUUGAAAAGCAGUAAUUAUCGUAAAAUUUUUCGGGACAAAAUUGAAUUUGAAUAUUACAUUUUCAAUGUUUUUCUUAUUGCAGCGAAAUGUAUUUUACUAAAUAACUCUGCUGCGAGUUUUCAAUAUUUUUCGUUCAAACUUGGUCAGAUAGUAGAACUAGUCUAUGCUUUCAUGGAAACGAAUAAAAAAAUUUUGGGCAAAAUUAACACUCAAAAGUGUUCGGUAACCUUAAAUAAAUAAUAAAUGUAUCAGAGCGUGGUACAUUUAUUAAGAAAUAUAUAAUAAUUAAACUAAAUUUUCGGUUGCAUGUCACAACCUUCUUCAGCAUUCUUUUGAAAAAGGCUGUGGCAUGCAGUCAAAAAUUUAGAUUUUGUAAUUAGAUUAGAAAACAAACUUGAGUUAAUUCAUAUAUGAACUUUAUUUCACUACGAGUUUGCUUCGUAUUAGCCUGCGAACAGGCUCUCAAGCUAAAUUGAGAGCCUGCAUCGAUGAAGAAUGAAUUUGAAUAUCUGCCCCGUAACGUUCGUUUUUCCAAAUAUGGAAUGUCUAUCCCUAUAUGGUGUUGUCUACAACUUUCGUGCAAACUAAAUUUAGACCGUCGAAGAUAUUCAAGCAAAAGUUCAAAUGUUUUAACUACUGUUUUCUCAAAACAGAACAUUUCGUGCUUUGAGUUAAGACGACCAAGCCAAUUUGAUCAGUUAAUGUGUUUUUUUAUGCAUAGUGCUUGAGCAGUUGACAUAUAUAGAGCUCAGCUGGAACAUAUAGAUUAUAGCAUCUGACCAAUGAGAAUUUCGCGUCACGAUUUGAGACGCAGAUAUUCAAAUUCAUUAGUCAUCGAUGCAGGCUCUCAAUUCAUAUCGAGAGCCUGUUCGCAGGCUAGUUUCGUAGACGGCUAGUUUCGUAGACGGCUAGUUUCAGGCUAGUUUCCCAGACGAGUCUUGCCACACUCAUCAAGUGAAUUUAAAUAACGCGCAACGUUCUUGCCUAGGAUAUACUAUGUACAUGUAUGAGAUCAGAAGUGUUCUAAAACUUACAAUGAUUUAUAUUAAAGUUCCGAAAACAGUUGAUAACAUUAGUACAUUAAGGAAAUUUUUCGUAACCAGGCCUACAUUUCGUUAUUUAUGUUUAAUGUUUAUUGUUAAAGUACAAAUGGAUAAACAAGAAUAUUUAAUACUUUUUCUUUAGCUUUGAAAUUAUUAACGUGUCAGUUUAAGCUGUCAGAAUUGUGUGACAAUGACAAUGGCAAAGUUCAUGGUUGGCGUUAUGAGGAAGAUCCAACAA